AUGGAGGAAGCAGACUCCACGAAUAAAUAUUCCCCCGAAGAAUCUCGCUGUGAAGCCAUCUUCUCGAAAACAGUUCAACUCAGAUCCGAUGGCCGCUAUUCCGUAGCACUUCCCAAGAACGAAAAUGCCAUUUCCAGGUUGGGAGAAUCCAAGGAGAUCGUGUUUCGGCGGUUUCUGAGCACCGAACGAAGGCUUAUCAAGGAUACUAAUCUUCGGAAGCAGUACAUAAAGUUUAUGGAGGAGUACCUGCAGUUAGGUCAUAUGCGAAAGGUUGAAGAGGAUCCAGAACCCACUAAACGAUGUUUUCUCUCUCAUCAUCCGGUGGUCAAAGAGGCCAGCACCAACACUAAGGUCCGCGUGGUGUUCGACGCCUCCUGUAAGACUGCUUCAGGAUUGGCGUUGAACGAGGUAUUGCUGGUAGGGCCAGUAAUUCAACAGUCUCUCCGAUCAAUCAUCCUUCGUAGUUGCACGAAACAGAUUCUCUUGGUGGCCGACGUUUAG